GUUCCUUUGCCGCAUGGAAACACACAGGUCGCGACAGACCGCCACGCAUGCAUACCUCGAGAGGAAAGAGCAGUGAUCGAUCCAUCGUGUAAUACAUACACAUAACAUAAAUGGUACAAAGAGCUCUGCCCGCCCGACCGCCCAGAACAGUAGCCGCCCCCAACUCUCUCACAGCUUGACAGUGCUCUGUCGCUUUCGCAGCUGGGCGGCCCACGCCGCACUGGACAGCUGUGUGGGCACAUUCCGUCUGCCCCUGGCCCCCGUACCCAGCACACCACUCGUGCUCCGCCGCUGAAAGUCCCCGACAUCGCCUUCCUCCUCCUCCUCUUCGUCUUCACGCUCAUCCUCAAAAUGGGACGCCCGCUGCUCCCUCCUGCCCCCGCCCGCUUUCGCAGGCGGCACACGGAACGACACGGCACUCGUUCUCUCUGGCGGCCCACCGCUCUCGGCCGUCGGCUGUUGUUGUCUUGCGGGCGAUGGGGGCACACGUGGGAGCGACGUGCGGUGGAUGGAUGGGCGGGCGGACUCGGCCAGUUGGUCGGUGUCGAAGGGGACUGGCAGGGCUGCGGCGCUGCUCCUGUGGUAGUCUGAGGAAGAGGACAUGGUGUCAGCGAGGGCCACUGGUCUCGCCUUGGAGCUGGCGGGGCGGGAGGGGGGGUGAGACAUCUGAACAGGGGUGGUCGGCCGACUCACCUGCGUACAAAAACACCCAUAUGUGAUAGAGACACUGACACAUGCUCCGCCCACCCUCUCACCGAGUGGUAUUCUAUGGCGAAGUCGCCCGCGCCCUCCCGUGAGUCGCCGACGUAGUGUGCGUACUUCUUGAUCUGCAUGAGACGCUGCGACCUGCCCAAGCCGCGCGGGAUGCCACUCGCCUCCAGGUACUGAUACGAGAGGUCCGUCUGCGCGCCCUCUUCGGCAAAUGUGGGCGGCGGCGGUAGUCCCGCCUCAUAGCGGUCCCACUGACAGCCAAGGUCUUUGUGUAAUGGUAUGAGUGUCUCACUGUGUGGCGGGGUGUACCUACCUGUGCGGUUGCGUGUCUCUGAUCUUCGUCGAAUUCGAAAAUGCCGUUGGCCAUGGCCUCCCGCUUGCGGAGGAACUUGGCGACGUCCUGCUCUGCCACCAGGGCCUCGAAGGCAUCGACCCGCUCGUGCAGCUCGUCUCGGUGGUCGCUGACGGUCUGCAGCCGCUCCUGCAGGGCGGAUAUCUCGUCGGCCUGCUCCUUCACUUGCGCUUGAAGCUGGCGAGAGAAGGGAAAGAAGAAUGGGAGAGUGUGGUGGAUCGGUGGAUGGGAUGGGUGGGCCGAGUACCGACCGAUGCGGUGAGGGAGUCCAUGUCUUUGUGUCGCGCCUUGCCCUCGUUGACCUCCUUGCGCAACGCCCAGAUCUCCUCCGACUGACACAUACACACAUGUGCGACAGCGGUGGUUCACAAGACAUGUGUGUCUUACUUGUUUGGCGCUCUUGACGACGAGUUGUUGCUUUUCCUCCCUGAUGAUGUCUCUCUCCUUCUCGACGGCCUUGAUGUGCUUGUCCGUCUCCUGUGGACACACAGAGGAAUGGGGCAUUCAUUCUUUAGUCGAUCCCCCCUCCAUCUCUGCAUGUAUUCGCCACUGACUCACUCUCAGUGCGGCAGCCGUGUCGGUGAUGGUCAGCAGUGUGUAGAGCUCCUCAUACCUACACACGCGACCCACAUCACAUCAAACAUGGAUGGGGUGUGUGAGUGUGUGUACCUCAUAUUGGCGGUCUCAGCGGCCUCCUGCAUGGCAGUGAGCUGGAACUGGAAGGCCGACUGCAUCCCACGCAAGUGCUUCUCAGACGCCUCACGCUCGGACGACAACAUCGACUGAUCGAUACACACAAACACGUAUGGACAUGAGACCUUUCUCCCUUCCUCCGGUGUGGUGUAAGUGUUGGUGUCACCUUGAGCGAGGCGACUUCCGUCUCGUGCGUGUGGAUGGUCGCGUAGUACCUGCAUACGCACACGCCAAAGUGGCAAGUGUCGUGUGUGUGGUUGUUCGCCAUCUCACUGACUGACUUGUCGAGUAUUUCCUGCAGGUCGGUACAUUUGGUCUUGUAGGCCUCCAGCAGGCUCGCCAGACGCUUGGACUCGGCCUGCGCGUCACGGCUGACAGACACACAGGAGGGAACAGAUCUUCUCUCCGUCUUUGUCUAGCAGGUGUGGGCAGGUGUGGAAUAUGCCGACCAUUCCUUGCUGAUUUUGAGUGUCUCCUGUUUGCUCUGGUCAAGCUGUGUCUGCAGCCGCUCUUUCUCGUCACGCUCUGUCUGGCAAACACGUAGAGUGGGCGCCAGCAAGCAUCCAUCCAUUCAUUCAUCCAUCCACUCUAUGCUGACUGACCCUGAGCUCCUGUACGAUGGUCUCUCUGUACAUUUUCUCCUCGGACAAGAGCCGCUCCAGCAUCGAUAUCUUCUUGAGGUGCACCUUCCUGCACACAUGAAAACACACACACACACAGGCACUCAUAGAGACAGAGGGGCAGUGUGGUUUUCGUCUCCUUGCCUCUCUCUCACUUGUCCAUGGCUGCUUCGGCCUCGGCCUUUGCGAGUGCCGCUUGUGUGUUCUUGAGGAUGUUCUCGGCCUUGACGCGCUGACGGGUGGCCUCUGUCAGAUCCUGAGGGGAACAUCACAUCACACACAUGCGUCGUUAGUGUGCGUCGUUCGUUCUCUCUCUCUUGUUGCCUUUUUGGUCUGUCUGAUGGCGUUUUGCGCCGAGUCUCGCUCGAAAAUGGCCUGCUGCAGAGUAUGGCGCAUAUCCUGUCCACACACCAACACACACACAUACACAAGCGAGUCGGGUGCCGCACCUGCUCUUUCUGCACGUGUUUGUGUGUGUACGUGUGUACAUCUUUCUCCAGCUGUAGUUGUUUCCUCUCGAUCUGUUCCGCCUCGACUUGGCUGGUCAGCAGCUGAACCUUCUCAGCCAGCUCCUCUGCUUGCACCUGCACAACACACAACCACCAGAACGCAAAGGCGCAAGGGUUCAUCUCCUUAGCUCUGCUCGCCCAUCCGCCCACCAUGUAUGUGGUGAGGUCUGUCUUGGUCUGUGCCAGCUCGGCCUCGUUCUUGCUGCACCACCCACACACAUUCCAGCGUUACUUGUGUGCACAUAUGUGCGUCUUGUGUUGUGUUGUGUCCAGUGCUUACGUGUUGGUGUCCGUGGUGACGGCCAGCUGGCUGAUGGCAGUCUGCAGGCAGCCACUCGCACACAGACGAGGUAAGAGACGCAUGGGUUUUCGCGAGACCAAUCUAUUUACCUCUAAUUCGGUCUUCUGCUGUGCAGUGGUCAGCUCAAGCUCCUUCACUUGCUCCUGGGCCUCCUUAUUCUGAUGCAUGCAAGGCACAUACAGGUACGCGACGGUCACUUCAUCGCUUUCAGGCUGUAACAUUGGUUCACCUGCUGGACAGCGGUGGUCCUCUCCCUCUCCGAUUCCUCCAGCUGUGCCCUGACCGUAGUCAGGUUCCUGUCCAGGUCCUCCAGCCUCAUCGUCUUGUCCUGCAACUCUGUCGUCACGCGACGAUUCUCCCUUACACACACCACCCAGAGACAGACAGAGACAUGAUGCCCAUACGAGAUCUCGAUCUGUCUGCUCAUACAGUACCUGUUGGCUUCUGCGAGUUCUCCCUGAAGCUUUUUGCUCUUGUUCUCGAAGAGGGUCCGCUGUGUGUGCUCGGCCGUGAACAGCAGAUCGCGACGCUCUGGGCGAUCGAUUGAGAAGAGACAAGAGACAACAAAUAUGUAUGGACUAUGUUGUACUGAAGAGAAUAUGUCGCUGACCGGCCUCCAUCUUGAGGUUCUGUAUCUGCUUUUCGAAUUUGUCCUGUCGCUGAACCCACUCCAGGGCCUGCACUCAUGGCCCACCACACAGAGAGUCACCGUUUUUGUUGUGUGUGUGGGAGGGUGUGUGUGUGUGUGUACUGACUUGGUGUCUGUACUUCUCGAGUUCCUUUUCGAGGUUCAUCAUUCUCUCCUGGGUGUCGGCCAGCUGCCGUUGCAGCUGACCUAUCUCCUCCUCAAGGCUUGCCGAGUGGUUCAUGUAGUGCAGCGCCUGCCUGCACACACCCCACAGACACAUGUCUCUCUUGGAAGGCACUGCGUGGGUAUCGGCAUACAGACUUUUUGGCGAUUUGCAGUUCUUCGUCGGUGCCGUCGAGCCACCGGCGGUAGUCCUGCAGGCGCACCUCGGCGUCCAUGCGCUUGCGGAUCUCCAGCUCGUACUUCUGCAGAGUGACUUGGUGGUCCCGCUCGAUGGCCUCCCUCUCCGCCUCAUAACGCUCGCUGUCCUCUCGCAAAUGAGACGCCUGGGGAUGACAACAAAAGGCGGGCAAUCGCCAUGGCCGCUAUUGUUUUCUUACUUCGAUUUCCAGUUGUGUGCAUCUGCUGUCGAGCAUUUUCUUCUCAUUGAGUGCCACCACGAGCUGCCGCUCGUACUCCUCCUGCAGCACCAACAUGGCCUCCUGCGUCCCCUUGGCCACCAGCUCGCCGAUGCUCGGCCCCCCAGCGCCGCCCUUGUCGGCCAGCCGCUCCAUCAACAGGGCGAAAACGCGCCACAGUACAGUGAGCGCCUGUGGCCGGGAGGCACAAUGGGAAGUCGCUUCCUCCAGCAAUGCGUGAAGGCCCUGAGUGGAGACAAGAGAGGACGGUGUCUGUGUUGGUGCGGAAACAAUCGCACCUGUGAGUAGACGAACAUAGCGCGGUAGACUCGCGUGACGACCGGCUGUGGCAGGCCCAUCUUUUCAAGGUCGUCAUAGCCAAUGCCGUACAGCGAUGUGCCUCUCUUUCGCGGCCCCCGGACUCGAGCACUCAGCUCACGCAUGUCCAUGCCCUCGAGGAUGAAGUUGUCCUCCUCCUUGUAGUAUAUCUCCUCGAGCGCAUCGUUGAGCCACUUGGACACCUUGCUGUUAAAGUCAUCCUGACCCCUCUCUGGGCCGGAGAUGGCCGCCUGCUGCUGAGGCUGCUGGGGCUGCUGGGGCUGCUGGGGCUGCUGGGGCUGCUGGGGCUGCUGUUCCUUGCCCUUGUCUUGUGCAGCAGGCUGCGUGUCGUCCCUGUUGGCGCCGCGAGGGGAUGGCUGCUGGCGUGGGGAGGCGACUGUUGAGUCGCUGCCCUGUGGAUUGGCACGGCGGGUGAUGGGGGGGCGGUACUUGAAGACCGUGAGGCCUGUCAGGUUGGCGGCCGAUGGGCUGACGGGCCCUGCAACAGCUUCGCCAUCGCGAUGGGGAGAACCGGGGGAAGGCAUGCUGACGCUCGUUUCUGCACAAAAUGCGGUGACGCACUGUAUGCAGAGCCUUCGAAUGGGCUCACUCGAAU